AUGAACAGUGCUCUGAAAAUGACUUCGAUUGCUGUGGAAGUUUUUGAUGCCAAAAACAUUAAUAAGUCGAUCGCCUACCUAGAAAAUAUCACUUCCGAUGAAUCAAUAGUGGGUAUCAAAAGUCGUCUGUCCCAAAAGCUUUCACUUCCUAUCAACCAAAUAGCUUUGCGGUUAGAUGCGAAAGGGAAGAAUUUGAAAGAUGAACUUGUUGUGCUGGAUCUCAAUUUGCCUUCUAAGGGUGCUCACUUAUAUAUUCGAGUUCUUGGGCCACAAAUCGGAUGGAAAACGGUUUUCCUCCUAGAGUAUAUUGGCCCUCUUGUGAUUUAUCCAAUUUUCUACCUGAGACCAACCGAGAUCUAUGGACCAGACGCGUCUCGAUAUCCUAUGUCUUAUGGAGUAAAACUUGCACUGGUUUGUUGGUCAUUUCAUUAUGCAAAACGUUUGCUGGAAACCCUCUUUGUUCAUCGAUUCAGCAAUGCAACAAUGCCUUUACGGAAUAUAUUCAAAAAUUGUGGUUACUACUGGGCCUUUACAGCAUUUGUCAGUUAUUUUAUCAACCAUCCGCUGUACACCCUACCGUAUUUCGGUUUCGUACAAGUUGCCACAGGUCUUAUUGGUUUCAUUAUUUGUGAAUUCGGCAAUUUGUCAGUUCAUCUGCUUUUGAGAAACUUACGCCCCUCGGGUACUAAAGUUCGCAAAAUCCCAAUUCCAGAUAUCAAUCCGAUGACAUUGAUGUUCCACUUCGUAAGUUGCCCCAAUUACACUUACGAAGUGGGCUCAUGGUUAUGGUUUUCAUAUAUGACCCAAUCAUUACCAGCACUGAUUUUUACCUUUGCGGGAUUUCUCCAAAUGGCUAUAUGGGCAAAAGAUAAGCACCGUAAUUAUAGACGCGAAUUUCCAAAUUAUCCAAAACAUCGACGAGCAAUGAUUCCUUUCACUAUGGCAUCUCAGGCUUUACAAGCAGUUGUAUUAUGUGGUGGGUUGGGUAAUCGAAUGACUAGUUUGACGGAUCAUAUUCCAAAAUGUAUGCUUCCAAUUGCCGGUGUUCCCAUGUUUUGGUAUCCACUCAAUUUUUUGCAAAAAAAUUCUAUAAAAGAAGUUGUUAUGGUUGUAGCCGAAAGAUUGAUGGACGAAAUUAGACAUCUUUUAUUUAGCUCCGCUUUGCCAUCGUUAGAUAAUUUACAGAUUGAAUUUAUAAAAUUAAGCAGUGCUGCUGAACAUUGGGGUACUGCAGAUGUGCUGAGAUUUAUAAAUGCUCAAAUCAAGAAGGAUUUCAUUGUUGUUAGUGGUGACUUUGUUUCUGAUGUGAACCUAGCUCCUAUGUUGUCGCUUCACGCUGCUGAAAAUGCCAUUUUAACGUGUUUAUUAUGCGAUCGGGUUAUCACAGGACCAGCUCCCGGACCUAAAAUGAAGCUCUUAAAAGAGCGCGAUUUUAUUGUUCUUUCUAAGAAUAAUCAGUUACUAUUCAGUGGUUCAGAAGAGGAUUAUGACGAUACGGUUACUAUGAAUGUUGAUUUACUCGACAAAUGUCGAACUGCUUACUUCACUGCAAAGUACAGUGACUGCCACUUAUAUAUCAUGAAGAAAUAUAUUUUAAACAUUAUCGACAAGCACAGGCAAUUUACAUCACUGAAAGCUGAUCUUAUUCCAUAUAUUUUGGAAAAACAGAAUACUAAAGAUAGCCAUGAAUUGACUGAAUAUGUCAGAAUCGACCCUCUAGAUGAAAAAAUACAGAAAUUCAGUUUUGGUGCGAAUGCUGUAAAAAACCUUCAAUACCGUUUGAAAUGUUUUGCCUAUUUGCUGCCACCCGAGAACGGUUUCAUUGUUGGACAUGUGAACACCAUCGGAUCUUACUUUGAGAUUAAUAAAGCAAUCAUCCGUUUUUUAUCAUCAAGUUUUUCUGAAAAAUUUUCUGUUGGACAACUAAUGGAUGAUAUUGGUACCACAUCUAACUCUGAGUGUUACAUCGGUCCUACCACUCGCCUUUUUCUACAGAGCGCCACUGAAGCGCACAUUGCUGGUUCAGAAAGGCCAAUUAUUAAGCGAUCUGUGAUCGGUGAUAAAUGUGUCGUUGGACCAAGAAGCAAAAUUAUCAGUUCUGUACUGAUGGACGAAUGUCAAAUUGGUGCGGGGGCACAAAUAACCAAUUCAAUCAUUUGUGCGGGUGCUGAGAUCGGUGAAAAUGCUAAUAUUUCUUCAUCAAUUGUAGUCUGCCAACAAGUAGUUUCUGCAAGUGCCAAAGUGCACAAUGAACUUGUUGUUCCGAAUAGUGAAGUGGAACUUGAAAAGUGGACUGAAGAAAUAUGGUAG